AAAACAUAAGGUUACCUACUUUUUUAUGUUCUCUAAAAGGAUACUUUUUAGGCAACUUAAUACCAGACCUAGCUGGCAACACUGAUUUCAUUUAAAGUUCUUUCAUUAUCUGACAUUCGGCGUGAUAGGUUAUAUCGUUGAAGAUGUCUUCUAAAGUAUCGCGUGAUACACUCUAUGAGUGCGUCAAUGCCGUCCUCCAGUCUUCAAAAGACAAGAAACGUAACUUUUUAGAGACUGUUGAGCUCCAAAUUGGUCUGAAGAACUAUGACCCCCAGAAGGACAAGCGUUUCUCCGGCACCGUCAAAUUGAAGUACAUUCCUCGACCCAAGAUGCAGGUGUGUGUUCUGGGAGACCAGCAGCACUGCGACGAGGCCAAGCAGUUGGAAGUACCAUGCAUGGAUGCUGAGGCUCUGAAGAAGCUUAAUAAGAACAAAAAACUUGUCAAGAAACUGGCUAAGAAGUAUGAUGCCUUCCUGGCCUCAGAAUCCCUCAUCAAACAGAUCCCACGUCUGCUGGGUCCUGGUCUGAACAAGGCUGGCAAGUUCCCUGGUCUUCUCUCCCACCAGGAAUCCAUGACGCAGAAGAUUGAUGAAGUUAAAGCUACCAUCAAAUUUCAGAUGAAGAAGGUGCUGUGUCUGUCUGUGGCAGUUGGUCACGUUGACAUGACGCCAGACGAGCUGGCCCAGAAUGUGCAUCUGUCGAUCAACUUCCUCGUGUCUCUGCUCAAGAAGCACUGGCAGAACGUACGGUCACUUCAUAUGAAGUCCACCAUGGGACCACCCCAGAGAUUGUACUAAGAAGUAAUAAAUAUUGACUUGUA